AUGCAGGAAAUAUUAAUUGCAGUUAACCCACCGGAGAUGCCAAUAUGGGGAUUCUGGGUAAAACAGGUGGCAACCCCUAUUGUCACUGUUCUCGGACUGACCGGAAAUACGUUGUCGUUCUUAGUGAUGGGUUGUUCCAAGAGACUGCGCAAACAAUCUUAUAGUCAGCUUCUAUGUAUACUAGCCAUCUUUGACAGUCUGAACUUGAUUAUUAAUCAAGUAGAACUGAUUGAUGAAAUGAAUGUCUAUAAAUCCGGGCAUCAAAAUAGUUUCCACAGAGACUUUCCAGACAGUGUAUGUAAGAUUUAUAACUUCUUAAAGCAUGUUUUCCUCCUUGGAUCGUCCUGGUUGGUUGUAUGUCUGUCUGUGGAGAGGGUCCAAGCUGUGUGUUUCCCCUUCAGAAGAACAUUUCUACAUAGAAGGUUCAGUGUUGCAAUUUUCGUAACAAUAACUAUCGCCAUCCUGUCCUUGACACAGAUUUUCCGGAUUCUAUUUAUAGAAAAUGUGAACGGAAUGUGUAUGGUAGUACAGGAGUACUUGACACUAUAUGUUUAUCUACAUCAGUACGGCUAUCAUCUAAGUCUUCUGUUUGCUUUACCCUGCGUCAUUGUUCUCUCAUGUAACUUCGCUGUCAUCUACCAGAUUUAUGUCAUAAGGAAGGAGGCGGGAGAUGAUUGUCCACCAUCUUUAGGCAGCACGAGAAAGGCUACAACCAUGUUACUGUUGAUAGGUUUCGUGUUCAUCAUCACCAUGUUUCCUCAGUUUGUGUGUACCAGUGUCCUUCUGUACUACACAGACGAAAGCAGACGACAUAUUGGACAACACAUCAUGCUAAAGAUGAGACCAUAUUUAGAGUUGUUUUCAGUUGUAAGUUAUACAAACUACUGCAUUAACUUUGCUAUUUAUGUUUUGUGUGGAAGAUCUUUCCAGUGGGAAUUGUGUCGUAUGUUUAAGUGUAAUCGGCGCAGGAAUAUCUUUAGGGAAGAGCAGACGAAAAGAAAAGAGGAAGAGAAACCUUUACAAGGAUAAUUUAUAUGAAAGAGGAAAUUUCACCGGGAACAUUUUCUUGAGCGGGCUGUCGUACCUAUGUAACUAAAGCGAACUGAACCACUGGUACUGUGAAAAGAAAAUCGUUUGAUAUAUGAGGAUAAAUUUUCAAGACAUUGGAUAUAUUCCCCAUUUUGUAGCUGUCAAAUAUUGGAUAUAUGAUUGAUGAAGAUUGGAUAUGGUUCUUGUUUUGUAGUUGAUAAGAGUAAUUACAAAUGUUACAAUGUGUCUCUGGUCUAAUGUUUGUAAAAGGUAUAAAAAAUGAA